GGCAAAGCUGUCUUCAGUGGGGAGCAUAUCCGAGGAGGAGACCUGUGAGAAGCUGAAGGGCUUGAUCCAGCGCCAGGUGCAGAUGUGCAAGAGGAACCUGGAGGUGAUGGACUCGGUGAGACGUGGAGCCCAGCUGGCCAUUGAAGAGUGCCAGUACCAGUUCCGCAACCGACGCUGGAACUGCUCCACGCUGGACACCCUGCCCGUCUUUGGCAAGGUGGUAACACAAGGGACACGGGAGGCAGCAUUUGUCUACGCCAUCUCUUCGGCAGGAGUGGCCUUUGCAGUGACCCGAGCCUGCAGCAGCGGCGAGCUGGACAAGUGUGGCUGUGACCGCACGGUGCAGGGCGGCAGCCCGCAGGGCUUCCAGUGGUCGGGCUGCUCUGACAACAUUGCCUAUGGCGUGGCCUUCUCACAGUCCUUUGUCGACGUCCGGGAGAGGAGCAAAGGGGCUUCUUCCAACAGAGCGUUAAUGAACCUCCACAACAACGAAGCAGGGAGGAAGGCGAUCCUGAACAACAUGCGGGUAGAGUGCAAGUGUCACGGUGUGUCAGGCUCCUGCGAGUUCAAGACGUGCUGGAAAGCCAUGCCCCCCUUCCGCAAAGUGGGCAACGUCCUGAAGGAGAAAUUUGAUGGUGCCACGGAGGUCGAGCAGAGCGAGAUCGGCUCCACCAAAGUGCUGGUGCCCAAAAACUCCCAGUUCAAGCCGCAUACAGACGAGGACCUUGUCUAUCUGGACUCCAGUCCUGACUUCUGUGACCAUGACCUCAAGAACGGGGUGCUGGGCACCAGUGGCCGGCAGUGCAACAAGACCUCCAAGGCCAUCGAUGGCUGCGAGCUGAUGUGCUGCGGCCGAGGUUUUCAUACGGACGAAGUGGAGGUUGUGGAAAGGUGCAGCUGCAAAUUCCACUGGUGCUGCUCCGUCAAGUGCAAACCCUGCCAUCGGGUGGUGGAAAUCCAUACAUGCCGGUGAUGCAUGGAGGGGAGCGCCCAUCCAUCCCCCUCUUUACUGACCCUGCUUCUCCCUUGCCCCACGGCCAGGACUGAGGAAGUAACCCAGACACUGCAGGGAGAGCACAGCUCUUUACAGAGACUGAGCCCCAGAGGAAAACAGAUUUUAAAGAAAAAAAAAUAUUUAAAGUUUAA